GUCUCCAUUGGGUUUUACUAGCCAUGGAGAGUGACUUUUAUCUGCGUUACUACGUGGGUCACAAGGGCAAGUUCGGCCACGAGUUCCUGGAGUUUGAGUUCCGACCUGACGGGAAAUUGAGAUAUGCCAACAACAGCAAUUACAAAAAUGAUGUAAUGAUCAGAAAAGAGGCUUAUGUACACAAAAGUGUGAUGGAAGAAUUGAAGAGAAUAAUUGAUGACAGUGAAAUUACCAAGGAGGACGAUGCUUUGUGGCCUCCUCCAGACCGAGUUGGCCGACAGGAGCUUGAAAUUGUCAUUGGUGAUGAACACAUUUCAUUCACAACCUCAAAAAUUGGUUCCCUUAUUGAUGUUAAUCAGUCCAAGGAUCCAGAAGGCUUACGAGUGUUUUAUUAUCUUGUCCAGGACCUGAAGUGUUUGGUCUUCAGUCUUAUUGGAUUACAUUUCAAGAUUAAGCCAAUCUAGAUUGAAUACUGAUGUGGACAUGAGGGGUGUGGGGGAUAGUUGUUUUUAAUUCCCAUGAGCAGUACAUUUUUGUGUAUAUCAGGGUGGUAUUUUUUAUAAACUAUAAGUGAUUGUCUUUAAUAAAUAUGUGAUAAAAUCCAAUUUUUAUUAUUUUAUAAAGAC